CAGAAGCGGCUGGCAUUUUUUUCUCGAUGGACUAGCGCCGCGACCCAUCAACCUGGAUCGAGGGGAGAUCAUCCUCCGGCUCGUUCCAUCGCCGUCUACCCGGCCCGGGAAACGAUGAUGGCACGCACGUCGAGAUUAGCCAGAGAAGAUAGAUGGAUGGGUGCACGACCGUGCCCCUCAUUCUCCAGAUUGUGUGUGGCAUGUUGGUGGUGGUGGUUGUGAUUGAUGAUGAUGGGGGCUGGGCGCUGGGUGGACGAAUCGUGGAGCUUCUUCAUUUCUCUUUCUGUCAGACCGUGUUCGAGCCAGGAGGAACUCUGCAUCUGCACGCUUGGAGCCGUCAAAUCAAGCUGCUAGCUUCCUUUGCCGGCUAGUCUUGAUGGUGUUGGUGGAUUGUUGGUCUGGUAUGACAGGAGCGUUUCGCAUUGGCCUUGCUAGAAGAGGAGUAGGGAGAACCAGCGAUGGAAUCUGCAUGAGCUACGGGAUUUCCGUUCCCUCCCGCCUAUGGUGAUCCUAUUCGUUU